AUGUUCUUCCUUAGCAUUGCUGCGGCUGCUGCCGUGGUCUCAGCGCUGCCAACUGCGCGCGAGGCCCAGCCAAUGAGCUUGCCAUUGUCUCACGUCAACACCGCCAAGUCAAUGUCCAGCAUUGUUUCCAAGGGUCAAUCCAAGAUCAGCCACAUCAACGGCGGCGAGAAGGCUGGCAACAGCUAUGCCAGCUCCGGAACCGUCACUAAUGAGGACGUCACCUACGUUGCUCCUGUAUCCAUCGGUGGCAACACUUGGCAACUCAUCGUUGACACUGGAUGUGAGUUGCCCUGUAGGCAGAAUUUCUGAACUCCAUGCUGACAAGGAAAUGCAGCCUCGAACACCUGGUGUGGUGCGCAGAGCGCCUGCGAGAAGACUUCGACCGGAAAGUCAACCGGCGGAUCCGUGUCCGUCUCCUACGGAAGCGGGUCCUUCUCCGGCACUGAAUACACCGACCAGGUCUCUUUCGGUGGAUUGACGGUCAAGUCCCAAUCGAUCGGUUCUGCCUCCCAAUCGCAGGGCUUCUCCGGUGUCGAUGGCAUUAUCGGCUUUGGUCCACAGGAUCUUACCCAGAACACUGUCUCCAACGCCAACACCGUCCCAACUUUCAUGGACAACCUUUACAGCCAGAAGUCCAUCUCGACUGAGGUCCUCGGUGUCUACUUCAAGCCCGAGUCUGGCAGCGAUACCGACGAUGCCAAUGGCGAACUGACCCUCGGUGGCACCGACAGCUCCAAGUACACCGGCUCUCUCACCUACUUCCCUCGCCUCACCAGCGGCUCUGCUUCUCCAUACUGGGGAAUCGCCAUUGCCAGCUUCACCUACGGCUCCACCACGCUGGCAUCCAACGCCCAGGGUAUUGUUGACACCGGUACUACCCUUAUUUACAUCCCAUCUGCUGCCUAUAACAACUUCCUCUCCGCCACUGGUGGUACCACCGACAGCAGCUCUGGCCUCGCAUCCUUCACCACCAAGCCAACCAGCAACUUCGGCGUCAAGUUCGGCUCUACUACCUACAACCUGACCCCAUCGCAGUACUUGGUUCCACAGGCUCAGUAUUCCGAAUACGGCCUCAGCUCCGGGAAGUACUACUCCUGGAUCAACAACGGUGGCAGCUCUGGCGUCAACACCAUCAUCGGCCAGAAGUUUUUGGAGCAAUACUACUCCGUGUUCGACACCACCAACAGCCGCAUUGGUUUCGCUCAGCGUACUUAA